UCUGCGCCCUGUCUUUACCCUUCAAUACUCAUGAGCCUUGGCACGCACCGAAGUUCCGGUGACUCGCUUCGCAGCGGUGAGAGCCUGCCGACUCUGCCGAAGUGGGCCCCAUGCGCACCUGUCCAGCACUGCCGCGUACUGUGCUCCCAACCGACAGUGUCGGGAUGCUCCGCGACGUAGGACGAGCUGAAGGCGCAAGGAAACCCACAGAAUGCAGAUUCCUCUCUGCAGCCGCCCGCCAUGGUGCUGCGACGGCGCUGCUGAUGCGCUCUCUACCGCCUGCCGUGUCGAGUUCCUUGACCCACAGCCGCCCAAAGCCGUCCGGGCACGACCUCCACUUCGCAGCAAAAAGACGCUAAGCCGGCUGCAGAUCCGUGCAGGAAAGGCAGCGGCCCUCUUCCUCAGACUUCAACAGACAUGCUGCUCUCACACAUCUUCAGGGGAGCGCUGCUCCUGCCAUUCUUUGGCGUGGUGGCCGAUGCGGCGCCGCGAGAGCUCAUUCUGGAUAACGACUGGAGUGAGAGCCCGAUGCCGCUCCUCAUCGCUCUCGCAGCCGACAGCAGCCUCGUGAGCAACCUGACUGUGACGAGCCUGUCUGGCAAUACUUGGGGCAAUCAGUGCCAGGCAUACGCACAGCGCUAUCUGCAAGCUGCGCUGGCCAGUGUCAACGGCACGGGAGAGCUCGCAUCGCGCAUCGAGACGGUCGGCGCAGUGCCAGGCGCUCUGCUGCCGCUGCUCCGGACGCAGCAGGGCUACGAGCAGGGCAUCAACUACACCGGCUCCCUGUCGUUCGCAGGCAGCUGGCGGCCUUUCAACGAGACAGCCGAGAGCAUGGGCUCGGACCCGACCGGCAACGAGGCAGACGCAGGCCGAGUGACCUUCCAGGGCGAUGCGGUGCCGCGUGCUCUGACCGGCCAGCUCGCCACUUCCGCAGCCCAGUGGGCCCCAGAUGUGCUGGUAGAGCGCAGCAGGGCCGCACGAGCGCGCAACGAGACGGUGACGCUCGUUGCCAUCGGGCCUUUGACCAACGUGGCGCUGGCACUGGUCAGAGACCCCGCCUUUGCGCAAGGAGUGGAGCUGUUCUACCAGGGCGGCUUCUUGAGCUACAACCUCGAGUCGCUCUUGAGCGUCCGCAACAGCGACAUCUUUAACGACUUCAACACGCUCUUCGACCCGCAGGCCGCCAAGAAGGUCCUGCGAGCGCCGUUCAAGCGUCUGGUGCUGAUCAACGAGGCGGCGUCGCGCGUGACGCCGCCGGAGGACAUCGUGGUCGCAGCAGGUCGCACAAGCGCAAGCGCCAGCAGCGAGCAGCGCUUCCUGGCGCAGCUCAUCGGCGCGCCUGCCGAGCCCGGCCUGCCGCUGUGGGACGAGCUGGCAACGCUGGCGGCGCUCUAUCCUGAGGUCAUCGCGAAUAGCACGGUCGGCCGCAUCGACAUCGACGACCGCGAAGGCGGCUGGUCCUACGGUCGUGCCUUCGCCUGGAGGGAUGAACUGGCGCCGGCGGGCCUGCAGCAGGCCGAGAUCGUCACGGCCUUCAACGAGCAGCGCGUGCACGAGCUGUACAUUGCCGCAGCGCAGGCCUUUGUGAACCCCUGAGAGCGCAAUGCUAUGCGGAUCACCCG